UUCUCUCGCAUUUCUCUCGCAUUUCUCUAGCAUGGCCCGGCAGGGAGUUGUGCUGGACCAGGACCAGUUCUGCUGUUCCAUCUGUCUGGACCUCUUAAAGGAUCCUGUCACCCUCCCCUGUGGUCACAGUUACUGUAGCAGCUGUAUCGAGGGCUGCUGGGACCAGUGUGAGCAGAGGGGAGUCUACAGCUGCCCCCAGUGCAGACAGAGCUACACUCUGAGGCCUGCUCUGAAGAGGAACAACAUGCUGGCUGAGGUGGUGGAGAAGCUGAAGGAGACAGGAGGAGCCCAGGCGGCCCCCUCUGAGCUGACCAGUCCAGCUGGGCCAGGAGAGGUGACCUGUGACCUCUGCACUGGGCCAGGGAAGGAGAAAGCGCUCAAGUCCUGUCUGAUGUGUUUGUUGUCCUACUGCCAGACUCACCUCCAGCCCCACUACCAUUCUAAGAUGAAGAAUCACAAGCUGGUGGAAGCCACGUCUGGACUGAGUCUGCAGGAGAUGAUCUGCUCCAGUCAUGACAAGCUGCUGGAGGUCUUCUGUCGGACAGACCAGCAGUGUAUAUGCAUUCUGUGUACCAUGGAAGAACAUAAAGGCCAUGACACGGUGUCAGCCAAAACUGAGAGGAAGGAGAAACAGGACAAGCUGGUUCUGAGUCAGCAGGAAGUCCAGCAGAGAGUCCAGCAGAGAGAGAAGGGGCUGAAGGAGCUCCAACAGGCUGUGGAGUCUUUCAAGCGCUCAGGCCAGGCAGCAGUGGAGGACAGUGAGAGGAUCUUCACUGAGCUGAUCCGCUCCAUUGAGAGAAGGCGCUCUGAGGUGAAGGCUUUGAUCAGAGCCCAGCAGGGGGCAGCAGUGAGUCAGGCUGAAGGACUGCUGGAGAGACUGGAGCAGGAGAUAGCUGAGCUGAAGAGGAGAGACGCUGAGCUGGAGAAGCUCUCACACACAGAGGACAACAUCCACUUCCUCCUGAACUACCAGUCUCUCUCCAGUACUAGUGUAUCUUCAGAUGUCCCCAGCAUGUCUGUUCCUCCUCUUCAGUACUUCAAACAUGUGACUGAGGUGGUCUCUGAGCUGAGAAACAAACUAGAGGAGCUGAUCCAGAGAGAGUGCUCCAACAUCUCCACCACAGUCUCCACAGUGGAGGUGUUCCUGCCUCCAGAGCCCAAGACCAGAGCAGACCUCUUACCAUAUUCCUGUCAGCUCACUCUGGACCUAAACACAGCACAUAAACGCCUUUCUCUGUCUGAGAACAGGAAGGUGACAUAUCCAAUGCAGCAGCAGCCAUAUCCUGACCAUCCAGAGAGGUUCACCAAGUACAGUCAGGUGCUGUGUAGAGAGGCUCUGUCUGGACGCUGUUACUGGGAGGUGGAGAGGAGAGGUAACGGUGUUGACAUAGCAGUCUCAUAUAAAGACAUCAGCAGAACAGAGGGUAACUCUUACUUUGGUAACAAUAACAAGUCCUGGAGGUUACAGUGUUUUAGUGGUGUUUACAAGUUCAGACAUAACAGUGUUUAUACUGCAGUAGCAGGCCCUCAGUCCUCCAGAGUAGGAGUGUACCUGGAUCAUAAGGCAGGUACUCUGUCCUUCUACAGUGUCAUCUCUGACACACUGACCCUCCUCCACAGAGUCCAGAACACCUUCACCCAGCCACUCUACCCUGGGUUUUGGCUUGGUAACCAUGGUAACAGUGCAGAGAUUAUGAAGCUGUGGUAG